GGUAUAUUUACGGGGCGCGGCGGCCCGGGGCGGGCCGGGGCGGCGGAUGGCGGGGGCGGGCCGGGGGCCGGCGGGCAGGCGGCGGCGGUAACGGGCGGGCGGCAGCCGGGACCGCUCCAUGUUCGCCAUGGACUACUCCUACCUCAACUCCUACGAUUCCUGCGUGGCCGCCAUGGAGGCGUCCGCCUACGAGUUCAGCCCCUGCAGCCAGGCCGGUUCCUUCCAGUACAGCCCCAUGCGGGGGGGCUUCGGCGCCGGACCCGCCUGCCCCCCCCUCGCCUCCGCCAGCUGCGCCCUGGGCGCCCUGCGCGACCACCAGCCCUCGCCCUACUCGGCAGUGCCCUACAAAUUCUUCUCGGACCCGUCGGGCAUCAAUGAGAAGCGGAAGCAGCGGCGGAUCCGGACGACGUUCACCAGCUCCCAGCUGAAGGAGCUGGAGAGGGUCUUCGCCGAGACGCACUACCCAGACAUCUACACCCGCGAGGAGCUGGCCCUCAAGAUCGACCUCACCGAGGCCCGGGUGCAGGUCUGGUUCCAGAACCGCCGAGCCAAAUUCCGCAAGCAGGAGCGGGCGGCCAAUGCCAAGGGCGCCGGCACCGCAGCCGGCACCACCGGCAAGAAGUCGGAACCGCGCUCUUCCUCGGAAGACGACGAGUCCAAGGAGUCCAACUGCAGCCCGACACCGGACAGCACGGCAUCCCUGCCUGCCGCCGGCAGCCUCGGCAGCCCCGGCAGCAGCCUGAGCCCCAGCCCCAGUGCGGGGCCACCCAUGGGACCCGGCCACCCCCCCCAGCCCCUCAAGGCACCCAUCUGGCCUGGCGUGAGCACCAGCAGCGGCACCGCCAACGCCGCUGACCUGCUGAAGGCUUGGCAGCCCGCCGAAGCCGUGCCGGGACCUUUCUCCGGCGUCCUCUCCUCCUUCCAUCGGAAGCCCAACGCCCUCAAGACAAACCUCUUCUGAUGCGCCGGUCGCCGGAUCCGGCCGCACCGAACCCCCCCCGGCCCCCCCACCGCCGCCCCGCACCCUCCACCCCAACGCUCCCACCGCGGACCCAGCAAUGAUGCUCCGGCAGAGAGAUGGACUGGGGACCCCCCCCACCCCCACCAAAUCCCUGCCUGGCCACCCACACCAGAGGCUGCUCCCUGGGGGGGACCACGGGACCCCCCCCCCACCCUCUUCCAGACCCUGCGCCGAUGGGAUGGACCCAGAGCUCGGGGCAGCCCCUGCCACUGGCUCCUGCCCACACCGUGGUGGUGCAGGAUCAUGGGGGUGCAAAGGGGGGGGACGGCAGCCCCCGGCCCGGCUGGUGUGUCUGGGUGUAGCCAUUGCUCCAGCAUGCUUUUGGGGGGCUCCUGGUGCACUCCAGGAGUGAGGGCAGCCGUGGGGCUCCCCACAGUGCUGUGGAUGCUCCAGCAUUGGGCAGCCCCCCCCACAGGAGACCCCUCCCUCCUCCAUGGGGUGAGGAAGCACUUUAGGGUUGGGGGCUCUGGGGGCCGCGGAGUGAGCAGUGCCUGGGAAUUCGGCAGCAAGAGACCCCUCAGCACGGGGGACGGGGGUGAUGCCCCCCCCCCAAUCCCACCUGCGGACAUGGAUGUGCCCCCACCCACAACAGCACCCCAGCCUGGCAGGCCUGGAGAGGAGGAGACACCCCGCCCCGGGUGCGAUGGGAUUUUGAGGGGCAAACGCAAGACCUGGGCUUUGCGCUCACCGGCAACGCUGCGGAUGCUGCCAACGGGGACGAGGCACCGGGAACUGUCACCGUCCUGCUGUGCCAGGGCCGAGCCGCCCCGGUGACACCGCAGCUCCCCCGGAGAGGGGCUGGCACAGGAUGGACCCCCCCCGAGCAGAUUGUGGGACCCCCCGAAGGAGCCGCGACCCCUCGCUGGCCGUCACCACCGUGCUGGGAGCGGGAAGGAGGCUCCCGCCGGAGCUGGCGCGGCUGCAGCCGGCAUCACCCAGCACACCACCGCUCGGCAGCGACCUCGCAGAGGGUCCUGGGGGGUCCCGGGGUGCAGCUCGGCCCCUUGCCCCCACUCGCCGGUGCUGCCCGUGCCGGUGGGCUUCGCGGUGAGCGUCGGCGUGGCCGUGCCGGCGUCCCUGUCUGUGUGUCUGCGCAGCGGCAGCAGCGGGUCCCCGUCCCCUCCCCACUGAGGGUCCCCCAUCCCCGUCCCGGCUGAGGUGGGUUUGGGUUUCACCUUUUUUCUUUCUGGGUUGUUUUUUUUUUUUGUUGUCGUUUUUAACCGUUCUGUAAUUUAUUGACCCCGUUUGCAAAUGACACUAAUCCAAAUAAAACUUAA